UUUGUAACUUACUGUGUGAUUAGUGGAGAAGAGAAUCGAUUCCUAACAUGAAGACUCUUAUCCCGCUUGCUGUGAUCCUCGCGGUUAGCCUUGUAUUGGCCGAAGAACCACCACCCCCCCCGCCACCGGGACCAGGACCACCUGGACCAGAACCUCCAGGGCCAGAACCUCCAGGGCCUCAACCACCAGGGCCUCAACCACCAGGAGAUAAACAUGAACUACAGGUUUGUUUGGAUAAGUGGAACGCAUGUGUGGAGUCCACGGAGGGCGAUGAUCAGUUCGGUUGCAUACCUAAAUACUAUGAAUGCCUAAAUGCCUAUACGCGUAUAUGCAGGAAGAAGUUCCGUAACCAAGGAUGUUUUGAAGCUCUCGGGAAGGAAGAGUGUAUGAGGAGGCUCAAAAUAUGUUACGGGCAUAAGCCUGAAUGAGGACACUUAAUGCAAGGAAUUAAAGGAAUGGAACUCUUGCAAAUUAGUUGGCGACAAUAAAAACAGU